CGCUAGCAGAAGACUUGAAGGCCAAAAGCCCACUUGGACACAAUAUAUUGGCAACUGCCGAACAUCUUCCACCAAGGUAGUUGAACGGAUUCAGCUAUAUCAACCGUUCUACUUUGAAGCUUUUUUUUCUUUUCAUUAUACAAACUACAAUAUAAACCAAUAGUUUUGAGUUGAGAGCCUUCUCUCGUUGAUUUCAUCCUUGUCACAUACAUCACGAAAUGUUAAAAUCACUUGCUUUGGCAGGUCACCAAAUCAUUAUUCUUUUUUUCAUCUUCAAAACACAUGUUGAGGAGGAAACGAGCUACUACUACAAAUCUGGAACCUGCAUCUAUAUAUUGUUUCAUCCUAACUUAUCAGGUCGGGUCCAAUUCAAUGGUCUUCAUUUAAUCAUUUUUAGAAAGAAAACCCAUUUCCCUCCCAUUAUCAUUUGAGUAAUUGAAGAAAAGUGUCGUGAUGGCCAAAACCAAGAGAAUCAUCAUCACCAUUCUCCUAAGGCUUCUAGCUUUUGGUGCUACUCUUUCUGCAACCGUAGUCAUGGUUACGAGCCAUGAGUCUGCCGAGGUUAUGAACAUAAAAUUCUCAGCAAAAUACAGCAACUCACCAACAUUUAAGUUUUAUGUGACAGCGGAGGCAAUUGCAACCGGAUACGGCCUUAUAGUUCUCUUCCUGUCUUCGAGAAGGUCGUUUGAUCGCCUGAUUGUGAUUCUAGAUGUGGUCAUAGCGUUGAUACUAACUUCGAGCAUCUCAGCUGCUUUGGCAGUAGCUCAGAUAGGCAAGAAAGGGGACACUCAUGCAGGUUGGCUGCCCGUUUGCAACCAAGUUCCAAAAUUCUGCGACCAUGUCACCGGCGCCCUUAUAGCUGGUUUUGUUGCAGCGAUAGUUUACUUGGUGCUCAAUCUCUAUUCUCUUCACGUUUUCCUCACUCCCCUUUUCCCAGUGUAACCUUAAACCAGAGAGAUGCAUGCUGAUGGUGGUGAGGAUUGGAAUUUAAGCUGGCAGCCUUCUCUUACGUACUUAUAGCAUUUUUUCUUUUAUCAACUGUCUGGUAGUCUCAUCUAGCUUUUGUAAAACGAACGUAUUGGAUCCCAGCCCACUUCUAAAAUUGAGCUAUCUCGUCUCUCAGUAUUUAUUGGAGUAUAAGAUGUAUAUUUUUAUAUAUAUUAUAUUUGAUGACUCAUAUAUUUAAGUGGUAUUUGUAUUUAAAUUUAUGUGUAUGGUUUACUAUUUUAUUAUUAAAGUAAUUUGAUAUAGCAUUUUGAUAUAUGAGUGAAUGAAUUAUUGGUGGUAUUAUUAAA